AUGGCCUACAAUAAAGCAUUUAAUCCUGAUGCCUUGCCUGCUCACGCUGAACCGGAGCAGGCUGCGCAGGCCCUCAGCCAGCUCCAAGGGAAUCGCAAACCGUCUCCCAACGCCAGAUACACAAACCAGCCGCCGCCGCCGUCGCCAUUAAAUCCGGGUGCUCAUCGUCCUUCCUCACCCGGUCGCCGCCGUCCAUCACCGGCGGGCACGUCCUCUCAAACCUCCUACCGACCCUCUCCAACUCAAACCUAUCCUCAGCACCAUGCUUCGAACACUUCGUCGUAUGGCGACAAUCAAUACAAUCGCCUACAAUCGCCUCCACCGCCAGCCAACUACGGGUUUGGGCCUCGGCCUCAAGUUGACCCGGCGGCGGGGCGCCGACCUUCGAAUGAAGCUUAUUCAUAUCCUGCACGCACGCCUGCGCCUCCUGAUCCCGAUUCGGCUGACCUCCUUCCUCUGUUCCGAGCAGCAAAUGUAUCUGGCACUGGAUCUCUUACGACGGCGGAGUUGGGUUCUGCGCUGGUGAAUGGAGAUUUCACACCGUUUGACAAUAGGACGAUCACCUCGCUGAUGCGCAUGUUCACGACAUCGCCGCCAAAUCAGCCUCAAGGGCCAACUAUCACCUUCGCGGAGUUUGAGAACCUCUGGCGGUUUCUCGCUGCAUGGCGCACGCUAUUUGAGCGGUUUGAUGAGGAUAGUAGUGGGCGAAUUUCAUUGGCGGAAUUUUCCAAAGCCAUGACAGCGUUUGGGUACCGACUAUCACAACCGUUUGUUGGUGUGCUGUACAACACGUUCAACGACCGAAAUCCAAUGCAGAACCGGGGAAUGAGUUUCGAUCUGUUUGUCCAAGCGUGCAUUAGUCUGAAAAGAAUGACGGACGUGUUCAAGAAGUAUGAUGACGACCGAGAUGGCUAUAUUACUCUGAGUUUUGAAGAGUUCUUGACGGAAAUUCUCCGACUACGAGACUAG